UUACGCACACCCUGACGGAAGCUCUUUUUGUUUGGUCCGCUGAGACACUCGACACUUGCUCGGAUUCCCUCCUAGUUCACAACCGGUUUAUAUCUGCAUUAAUUUCGGGUGUCUUUUAUGAAUAAUCAAAAGCAGCAAAAGCCAACGCUUACCGGCCAGCGUUUCAAAACGCGGAAAAGAGAUGAAAAGGAGAGAUUUGACCCUACUCAGUUUCAAGAAAGUAUCGUACAAGGCUUGAAUCAAACUGGCACUGAUUUGGAAGCCGUUGCGAAGUUCCUUGAUGCCUCUGGCGCCAAGCUUGACUACCGCCGCUAUGCAGAGACACUGUUUGACAUCCUGGUCGCUGGCGGAAUGCUGGCCCCAGGCGGGACUUUGUCUGACGACAUGACCCGCACUGUGUUCUGCGUCUUCACGGCACAGGAAGACCUGCCGACGAUGCAAGCUUAUGCUCAGGUUUUUAACAAGCUGAUCAGGCGUUACAAGUACCUGGAGAAGGGUUUUGAGGAGGAGGUCAAGAAGCUGCUGCUGUUUCUGAAAGGGUUUACUGAGUCUGAGCGCAACAAACUGGCCAUGCUGACUGGUAUCCUGCUGGCCAACGGCAACGUAUCAGCCUCCAUCCUGAACAGCCUCUUCAACGAGAACAUCGUCAAGGAAGGAGUAUCUGCAGCCUUUGCUGUCAAGCUGUUCAAGGCAUGGAUCAAUGAGAAGGACAUCAACUCUGUUGCUGGCAGUCUCCGCAAAGUCGGCAUGGACAACAGACUGAUGGAACUCUUCCCUGCCAACAAACGGAGCUGUGAACAUUUUUCUAAGUACUUCACCGACGCCGGGCUGAAGGAGUUAUCCGACUACGCCCGAAACCAGCAAGCCAUUGGUUACCGCAAGGAGCUGCAGAAGGAGCUCGAGGAGCUGAUGGCACACGGGGAACCUCAGAAAGAGAUCAUUGUCUACACCAAGGAUGAGAUGAAGAAGGCCGGCCUCUCUGAGCAGGCGAUGAUCAGCAUGAUCUGGACCAGUGUGAUGAGCGGUGUGGAGUGGAACAAGAAGGAAGAGCUGGUGACCGAACAAGCCAUCAAACACUUGAAGCAAUACAGUCCUCUGCUGAAAGCCUUCACCUCCCAGGGUCUGUCUGAGGUCACCCUGCUGCUGAAGAUUCAGGAGUACUGUUACGACAACAUCCACUUCAUGAAGGCCUUUGAAAAGAUUGUGAUGCUCCUCUACAAAGCCGACGUAUUAAACGAAGAAUCCAUUCUGAAAUGGUACAACGAAGCCCACCUUGUCAAGGGGAAAGGUUUCUUCCUCGAGCAGAUGAAAAAAUUUGUCGACUGGCUGAAGAACGCCGAGGAAGAGUCUCAAUCGGAGGAAGAGGAGGCCGACUAAGAUCUCCGUCGCCGGAUUACCUUCUUUUCUUUCUUUCCCCCCCAAGUAGCAGAAGAAGCAGUAGAAUGUCUUUUCCCUUCUUUCUCUUCUACCUCCCGUUACCUCUUUAUCCCCAAACACACUCGUGCACCCUUCCACCACUCAAUGGCAUCUAAAGGUUAUUUAAACCGACAGUGGAAGUGGAAACCUAAGGAUUCUCUUGAUUAUUAUCGCGGUAUUAUUGUUGUAAUGCCUUCUGUAAUUUGGAUACAAAACAUUCCACGGGAUCUCGGUGGCCGCAGCUCGUACUCAACUAGAAUUUGUUAAGAUUCAAGUUUGCCUUUUUGCCAUGCGACUGCUACGAGGCAGAGUAGGUGUUGAUGUGAAUCAGCCAAAAAAAAUCCUCCCCCUUUUUUAUUUUUAAGCUUUAUUUUGCCCCAAACAAGUUUUUGGCUCUCCUGUUUGGUCUGAAACCUGUAACGCGUGUCAAGGUCAUUCUGGUCCGUCUGUCAGACGACCCCCCCCUGUAAGACGACUCGCCAGAUCACUGAUAAUUAUAGGGUUCUACUUUCUUUAAUCUGAUAUAAAACCAAUUUGACUUUUUUAUGAAAUAAAGAUUAUUGAAAUGCU